AUAACAAGGAAGAGGAGAAGCAGCAUUCCUCAUCGACCUAGGCCUGAGAUUCAGCUGUUUCUAGAAAGUUAUGACCCAGUAACACCAACUUCAAAUGAUGCUUUUAGGGUCUCCAGUGAGGAAACUGAUGUUAGUUCUGGAGGUAAGAUGAUCAGCCUUAACCAGUGUAUAUCAAGGGGCUCUCCUACUACUAUAGCUGAAAGUGACCAUCCAAAUAAGAAGAUUAAGGAUGAUCAGGGAUCUAGAGUGUCCUACAGCCACGGUGGAGUAGGAGAUGAUGCCCAUCACGAACUGAAUCCUACCAGACAAUUGGGAACAACUCAAAACAGUAUAGGAAGCGACAAUAAGCUCAAGAAGGUUGAGCUGAAGGUCGGUGGGGACGUGGGGUAACAUGUAGUAUUCAAGCCAAAGACAAUCCCUAUGGUACUUCUGGUGAUGGAUCUUCCUCGAAGGGUUCUCGACCUUCUGAUACCUCUCGUUCAGGACAAUUCAGGAGAGGGUUAUUCUCUUUCAGAUAAGAAAACCCAUUACCCAAUGAAAGAUAUGUCUAGGGGGUUUAUUGAUUCUAGCAGGGAGGGUAACAGGAAGACAUCAACCAAAAACACUGCUAAAGAGUCAGAUUCCGUGAGGAAGAGCAAACGGGUUCUAAAGAGGCGUGUUUUGGAUGGGGCAUUUGACGAAGAUGAAGAAGAAGAUGAUGAGAUCCGGUAUCUGGAAAAGCUGAAAAAAUCAAAAGUUUUUGGGGUUAGGGAUUUUGAAGAGGAACCUGCCAACAAACAUCGGAGUCUCUCUAGGGUUUCUAAAAGUGUUGAAGAGAUUGGAGGAUUGACCAAAGAUGGUAAGAAGAGAUCAUUUGAUAAAAGUUCUGAAGACACUGACUAUGAAGAGGAGAAAGAAGUGUUGUUGUCUGAUGGGGAGCGUGAAGCAAAAAGGAAACAAAAACAGAAAAAGGAUUCCCCACCUAACACGCAGACAGAAUCUAAGAGGGAAAUAGCUCUUACAACACGCCAACAUGCUCUUCUCUCAGGCAAGGAGCCAUCUGCUGGUGUGAGUAAGGUUGAGUUCCCUAAUGGGUUGCCUCCACCCCCAUCUCGAAAACAAAAAGAAAAACUCACUGAGGUGGAGCAGCAACUAAAGAAAACUGAAGCCGCACAUAGGCGUAGAAUGCAAAAUGAGAAGGCAGCUCGAUAAUCAGAGGCUGAGGCAAUUAGAAAAAUACUUGGUCAAGACUCAAAUAGAAAGAAGAAAGAGGACUAAGUGAAGAAGCAUCAAGAAGAGUUGGCCCAGGAGAAGGCUGCUAAACAUCAGAAACCGUCAUAAUCAUCAUGAGCCCUAUAGUGAAAGUAGUGACAUUUCCAAUGGAGAUGGGUUUACCCCUUAUAUUCGGAUCCAAACCCCACAGUUAUCCACCUCCUCGUGAAAAGUGUGCUGGUCUUUCAUGUUUGAACCCAUACAAGUACCGUGACUCCAAGUCGAAGCUCCCUCUGUGCAGUCUCAAUUGAUACAAGGCCAUUCAUUCUCAGAUGGAUGUCGAAAAGGUGUGCUGACAAUGUGAGGGCUCGCAGUGCAGAAGAGCUAGGAAUAAAUUAGCCACAAUGGAACUUAUUGCAUUUCCAAGCAGUAUAUGCUUGGAAAUAUAAUGUAAUGCCAUGGUUUAGCCCCUCUCCUCCCGUAUCGUUGCUCGUAUUCUUGUGACUGUUUUUCAUGGAGAUGUGGUAGUCUUGAGCUAUGUUAUCUGUUAUGGUGGAUAUCUGUUUCAUUUUGGCCAAUGCCGGUAUUCAAGGAAAAGAUCGUUUUUUAUUGAAUUUAAAGAAACUUGUCGAUGAUUCGAUACUUUUGAAAAAAACACCUGUUAGUUUAUAAGAAAAAGAUAGAAAAUGGCAAAGUAGGAUUAAAAUAUGCUGAAAAUGAAAAUAUAAGAUCAUGAAUUAUCCGAUGAUACCAUAGUAUGGUAAUCAAGUGAUAAUGUCAUUAAGUCAUAUUUUCAUGAUCUAAUGUCUUCUUGAAUUAAAAUUAAAGUCAUCUCGAAGGUCAUUUUAUUGGCAUAUUAACUUGCAAGAAAAUACUGCUAAAAAUGUCAUUUUAGUAAUAAAUAUAUCAUCUUGAUUGUCAAUGUAUAGAAAAAUGUCAUCUUGAGUGUAUCAUGUAGAUUAAAUCAAAUAUGGAAUUGAAAAUUGACAUCUUAAGUCUCAACUAGUAAUAAAAAUGUCAUCUCUAUUAUAUAUAACAUGUCAUUUUAAUUGUAACAUGUGAAUAAUAUAAAAAGUUCUCUAUAAGGUUUGACGGAAGGUGCAACAGUGCAACCUGUCUGUGAUAGGGUUUAUGGUGCCGUAGUCUUUUCGUCGGCGUGACUAGGGGUGUAAACGAAUUGAAUUGAACCGAAUACUUGAUAAUAUUAUUCGUAUGAUUAUUGAAUAUUCGUAUUCGUUUAAAAUUCAAAUCUUAUUUUAUACUAGUCGUCCUACGCGCGUUGCGCGAUAGGAAGAUGCCCAAUAAUAAUACUUUGUAUGACUUAAAAGCGGUAUCAUGGAUUCAUGGUUUUAUGUAAUGCUCCUCCCAUUCCUUUUUAUUUAGUAAAAUUUGAUAAUUAAGGGGUAUCAUAAAUUUAUAAACAUCUAAUUGUUUUUUUUGUAUGGAAGAAAUCUAAUUGUUUUUUAUAAUUCUAUUGUUCAUGAAUGUCACAACCUAAACUAUCAUACAUACUGAUAGUAAGAGAUACCAAAAAACACCAAUCAUUGCCUUGUUGAUCAUUUAUGCAUGUCUAAAUGAGAAGCCCACCAAUCGAUGUAUAGAUUUAAGUUCUCCAUAUGAUAAUUUUAUGCAUUAAUUGUAUCCCACCCCUUUUCUCAAAUUUUGCAAAAUUUGAUAAGUUUAACUUCUUUGAAAAGUCAAACACUGGCUUAGAAUGUUUUUAGGUUUGAAAUUUUGAGGUUUGAAACUUGGACUGAAAUUUUUAGGUUUGCUCUGGUGUGGUCUGUUUAAGUCUGAUUCUGUCUGAACUGGUCGGGUUUGGCAGCCCGGUCUGAUAGAUAUAUAGUGUGUGUGUGUGUGUAUUUUAUACUACCUUCAUCCCGACAAGAUUGUCUCAUCUUUCUUUUCCAAGUCAUCCCACUAAGAUCGUCUAAUAUCUAAUUUAGUAGAAUUUGUAUGGAUUUACUUUAUAAAUUCAAUGUCAACCACAUAAAUUCAUUUUUCCUAAUAACUACUGCAUCAACUCCUCAUAUAUAUCUCAAUGUUAGUGGAAGUGUGGAGCGGAGAUAGUAACUGUCAAAGUCUAUUCUGUUUGACUGUUUAAGUUUGAAUUGGUCUGGUGUGAGUAAUAGUUUGGUACUAUUGGAAAAUUUAUCAAAAAGCACCUAAAAAGUUCACGUAUUCAAUCUACUUUUUUCAUUUUUUAUUAUAGAAUAUAUGAAACGGUAGUGGUUCUUCACCUGGACCAAUCCUAAAACAACCCCAUAAUUGUAUCGAAUUGAAAUGUUCAAAGUGUCCCCAAAAAACCAAUUCAUCAUACGAUAGUAUAUUAUUAUGAUCCGCGUUUCAUUCCCUCUUUCUCUUAUAAAUUUGUCAUAUUUCCUGAUUAGUCACACUUUUAGAAAUAAAAAAAGAUCCGCGUUGUAUAUUAUCUGCUCCACUUGCCCCCUAUUUUUGUCCCGUUUACCUUUUUCGUCCGUCCUGCUAACUUUGUCUCAUAUCAUAUUUGGUAAAAUCUGAAUAACUACCAUUCAUUUUUUUACACUUUAUCAAUUUAAUAAUAUCCACACAUUUUCACUUUUCCUUAUAAUCGCACCACUCCCUUUUGUCCCAAUGUUAUGGGACUGAGGUAGUAUGUUUUAGUAAUAUUAAUAUUGUAUAUGAUUGGCUUUCUUGUCGGGCGAGCCUAACAAGAAUCAUCGUGAGGCUGCCUCCAUUUUUUUUUGAGUUAAAUAAAUUAUUGAAAAUCGCUAGAUCAAAAUUUAUACAAAAAGCACAAUUUUUUUCGAGAAUAUUUUUAACCGAAUGAAAUUUAAUGAUAUAUUAUACACUUCAUACAGAACAUGCUCAGAAAUUACAUAAGGAAAAUUCACUGGUAGCCACCUCAAAUGAAGGUUGCCGCAUAGUGGUUAUUAUUAGGACGGCCCAACAGAAAGAUUAUCUAUUAAUAUCAAAACAUCAUAAAUAUAACUACUUCUAUUUGUACACCUUUUCUACUAAGUAUUUGGAGCAAUUUUUUAGGAUUAAAAUCCCAAAUCAAUCACAAAAUGUAGGAAUAAACUGAUAACAUACUACGUAUUAUUUUAAAAGGGGAGUUGGAGCAAUUGAGAAAUAACAACUUUCAAAUUAAACGUAUAUUGUUUGCCAAAAACAAUAAACGUAUAUCUAUAUGAUAAUUUUUAUAUCAAAUUUUAUGUGAUGGAUGAUAAAUAAUAAUGAGUAUGGAGUAGAAGAGUUAUUUUUUGAUAAAUUAAAGACGGGGAUUGGAGUAUUGGACCAAUGAGAUUGGAGUAUAUAGAUAGACCACUCUUCCAAUUUCAUUAAUGUUCCUAGACAAAAACCUUAAGAUGAAUACCGGAGAUCAAACGGAAAGACUAAUAACCAAAGGUUUUGAUUUUUACGGACAACAUACAUAGCAUAGAGUACAAUUAAGUAUUGCUUUAUGGUACACCAACACAUUUUACAUUCCUAAAUAGCCCUACCCUCAUACACCUUUAUAAGUUUGCAGAGAUUCGUAUUCGAUUCGUUCGAUAUAUUCGAAUAUACUCGAAUCCUUUUCGAAUCGAAUUCGAAAAACAUUAAAGUUAAAUUGUGAAAAUAAUUAAAAUUAUUAUGUAUAGUUUGCUCCUUUUAACUCAUUUUCAUAUUACAUACUAUCUUCGUCCCUCUAAGUUUGGGACAAGACAAGGUGACACGGUUAUUAAUAAAAGUGGGUUUAGAGCAUCUCCAAUGCUAUAAUGUCCACGGUGCACAUGUGGCAUGAGUGAUAGCCACAUAAAUAUUAGCAAAUAAAUUAUUUCUCUCCUUAUUUGAAUGAUUUUAUACAAUUUUGGUAAGUUUUCCCGGCAAUGUCAACAACAAUGUCAAUAUCUAGACGGUCUCUUUGACAGUGUGGAGAAAAACUUACCAAAACUGUAUAAAAUCAUUCAAAUAAGGAGAAAGAAUUUAUUUACUAAUAUUUAUGUGACUAUUUUUCAUGUCACGUGUGCACCGUGCAUAUUUUAACAUUGGAGAUGCUCUUAUGUGGUUGAUAUUGAAUUGAUAAAGUAAGAAUAAAGUAGGAAUGAUUUGAAACCACACAAACUUUAUCGAAUAAGGUAUGAGACAAUCUUAGUGGGACGGACCGAAAAGGUAAAAUGGGACAAUCAUAGCGGGACGGAGGGAGUAUUUCAUACGAAACAAAAUAUAUUUACACAAGUCACUUCAAAUUUAAUAUCAAUAUAAAGAAAUCAACAGAGAAUUUUAAUUGUAAAUUAAGCUAUUUUUACCAGGUAAAGUAAGAAUGUUUAAAUUAAAAUAUGAAAAAUAUUUACAUGAAUAUUAUGUUAUUAAUAUUUUUACAUUGAAUUAUAUUUAUUUAUAAGAAGUAGUAUAUAUUGUAUGAAUAUAUAAUAUAGGAAAAAGAUCAUGUCCAUCCGGAUGGACAAGAGCCUCCGUCCGGCCGAAGCCAUCAGAGGUCCUUCCUGGUGAAAUUUUUUGAUGACAUUUUUUGAGCAUGUUCUUCAUGAACUAUAGUUUAUCCAUACCAAAUUUCAGUUAAAAAUUCAACCGAAAAGGCACUCAAAUGAUUUUUGGAAGAUGACUGUGUUUUAUAUGUAUAUAAAGUGCGCAGUUAAAUUCCAAAAAUCAUUUGACUGCCUUCUCGAUUGAAGUUUUAGCUGAAAUUUGGUAUGGAUAAACUAGACUUGAUUAAGAACAUGCUCAAAAAUUUUCAUGGAAACAUUCCACCGAGAAGGGCCCCAAAUAGUAAAGUUCGGACAGAGCCUCUCGUCCCUCCGGAUGGACCUGAGCAUUGCUCUCUCUCUCUCUAACUAUAUAUAUAUAUAUAUAUAUAUAUAUAUAUAUAUAUAUAAUUCGAAUAUAUUUGAAUAUUAUUCGAAUCGAAUAUCAUAGUAUUUGUAUUCGUAUUCAUAAAGUAUUCGAAUAAAAAAAUAGAUUUGUAUUCGUAUUCGUAUUCUACUUACACGAAUUCGAAUCGGCAUUUUCGAAAUCGAAUCACGAAUCGAAUCCAAAUUAUUCGAUUCGUUUACAACACUAGGCGUGACUAGGUUUUGGUAGGUUGCUUUCUUCUCGCGAUUGCAACAAAAGGGAAGAAUGGAGGAGGAUGAUGCAUGGUUAAUGUGGAGUUCGACUGGUGGACUGGUUCCCUUUGCAAGAGGACACGCGGUUGCAAACAGGAAGGUGGGCUUUGGCGGUUGCGGUUGAGGGGCCAAGUGGACCAGGGAGUAGUUGUGAGGCACAAAGCUGGCGGUUGCAAACAGGAAGGUAGGCAAAAUAGAUGAUCCUGAAUCACGGUCAUGCAGUCAACGUGUUUCUUGGACAGUUUUGAAAAAGAAGAUUUAAGUUUGUUUUAUUCUUAUUUCAAGUUUUAUCUUUCUUUCGCUAGACAAUUUAUUUGAUUCUCAGAUUGUUUGUGUUUGUGGUAGUUUUCAGAUGUUUAAUUUAGUUAUGAUCAAAGGUAAUUGCCUCAAAACUACGAUAUGUUCAACGAAAAGCUUCGCUCAGUUUUGGCCAAACUUUUCUAUGUCUGAAUAGGGAUGAAGGCAAUUCUUUGAUUCUUAUUAGUCUAUUGAAGUGGUGAAGAGUGCGGUGACCUUAAAGGUCUAUAAGAACGUUGUGUUGUCUAUUUGAUGAUCAACAAUUCAUGUUGUUUUUUCGGAGGAAGCCGUCUCAAAAUCUGAUCGUAGGACGUCUCUUGAAUUAAAUACAUUUUUUUGAAGGAUAGGUUAUGGUUUUGGAGCUAUUGGUUCAUUGUAACUGUUGUUCAUUUGAUGUUUUAAUAUUAGUCUAAUUUUCUUAUAAAAUAAAACUGUAAAGCGUGAAUAAUUUGAACACGGGUAUGUAGAUAUUGCACAAAUGUGAUAUAUUUUGAACAGUAGCAUACCAUUAUUAAGACGAGAAUAGAAUACAGACCAUCAUAUGAUAACAUCUAUAGUUAUAUAUAGUCACACAAUUUUAAAAAGCUGACAUGUCACUCCCUUAUUGGCUAAAAACUACUCUAUUAAAACAUGUUUUCUUAUUGCAAUUAUUUAUGUAGGACACUACAUAAUAUAUUUUAUCUUGAGUGUAUCAUGUGAAUUAAAUUAAAUAUGGAAAUUCAAAAGUGACAUCUGAAGUCUCAACUAGAAAUAAAAAUGUCAUUUCUAUUAUAUAUAUAACAUGUCAUUUUAACCGUAACACGUGAAGAAUAUAAAAAGUUCUCUAUAGGGUUUGAGGGAAGGCGCAACCUUUCUGCGAUAGGGUUUUUGGUGCCGCAAUCUUUUCGUCGGGGUGACUAGGUUUUGGUCGGCUGUUUUCUUCUUGCAAUUGCAACAAAAGGGAAGAAUGGAGGAGGAGGACGCAGGGUUAAUGUGGAGUUCGACUGGUGGACUGGUUUCCUCUGCAAGAGGACACGCGACUGCAAACAAGAAGGUGGGCUUUGGCGGUGUCGUUGAUGUUGAGGGGCCAAGUGGAUCAAGGAGCAGUUGUGAGUCAAUUACUUAUUAAAGCUCAUAAUCUGUGGAGAUGGUCAUCAGGUGAACCUCCUAGGCAAGGAGAUGGUCAAUGUGGUAACAUGAGGCUGCUCUUGAGGUAGCAACAACGGUCACAGAUCCUCUUGGCAAGAUCUGAUGUGGCUGGAUGGGGUGCCUUUAUGAAGACUCUACGAUUACCGUUACGGCCCUGAUUAGGCACCCUUAUGGGCUCGCAAACCUGACCACCACUUGAAGAGAUACGGUUCUUCAUUACCACCACCCCAACAAGUUCGUGCAAAGAAGCACCACCAAACGCUUCAGUAAUCAUUCACUAAAAAACCACGGAGUAUAUAUUUAGCCGGAAUUGUCUGAGCCAGGAUGUCUGUCUCCCUUUCAUUUGUAUUUUGAUGUAAACAGAAGUACAAUAUUAGUACGAUAUUGUACCUAAAUCCGAUUAAAGUACGUACUAGUCAUUCACCCGUGGGUUGCACGGGAUAACAAACUAAUCAAAAUGUGAUUGAAU